CCUCAGAGACCCUGCUUGAGAACCGCUCUGUUUAAUCUGCGCAAGCUGAUAAGGACAGCUGAAUAAAGCGUGUUUAUUGCUCAAUUGUGCUGUGUUAUCGAGUGGUUUUGUUGUUUUACCUGUUUUAGUUAUUUCUUCUCCGUUGUCGUUAUCGCCAGUCGUCAGUCUAUCGAGCAUCAGAUAACAAUGUCGAUUCUUGCGCUCUACAUCACCGAUAUCAACGGUCAACAACUCCUGGAAUACCCCGUCGCAGACUACCCGCCGACCAACAAGUCAAUCCAGGUGGCCCUCCGCGACUGCCCUCCUGACGAAGUCAUCCUCCGUCUGUCGCCCAACGAGCUAGUCUUCCACCGCAAACAGGACUCUCUCGUCUUUCUUCUUCCCUGCACCGCUACAAUUCCCUCUCUCGUGCCGCUCGAAUUCAUCUCGCAUCUGAUAAAAGUGCUCCAUGACUACUUCCAGCCCCCUCUGACACGGCAAAAGAUUGAAAAGAACUUCUCGACGAUAAUGAUGCUUCUCAACGAAAUGAUCGAGGACGGCUACCCGUUCGUCACUGAAGAGAAUGCGCUUAGAGAUCUAGUGCCCUACUCCGACUCGAUCUCGAAAUACCUCAAGGGCGCGACGAGCUCGAUCAAGAACCUCACGAGCUCAAAGACCUCGUCCAUGCAGUCCAUCUCCUCAACCGACAUCGGCGCCCCGCGCUCAAACGUGCCCUGGCGCCGCUCAAACGUCAAGCACAACAACAACGAGCUCUACGUCGACAUCCACGAAUCCCUGUCCGUUAUCAUCCCCGCCCUCUCGCCCGCGCAAAAGAUGCUGCACUCCCUCGCCUCCGACACGACCCCGUCCGCGUCCGCGUUCUACACCGUGCCCUCGGCCGUGCCUUCUGUGCUGCCUGAGCCUAUAGUAUCGAUCGCGCACGGAUCCGUCUACGCGACUACGCGGCUGUCGGGAAUCCCCGACAUCCAAAUCAUUCUCUCAUUCGGCAACCGCAUCCUCGAAGGCCCCGCGUUCCACCCUUGCGUGCGUCUCGCGCGCUGGCGCGAGCACCCGGGGACGCUGUCGUUUAUCCCACCGGACGGCAAGUGCUGUCUUUUGCAGUACACAAUCUCGGGCGUCGAGUCCGGCCCGAUCGGCGGCGACCUCAAGACCGGGCUCGGGACCGCGAAGGACGAGUUCGAGGUGCGGAUCUGGAGCCGCGUGCCGCGCAACGUCAAGUUUGUCGAGAACCUGCGCCUCGAGCUCGUGUACGACGGCGACCGCGUGCAGAAUAUAAAGGGCGUGCGCGCGUCGUCGGGCGAGUUCAAUAUCGAGAAGAAAGGCACGGGGAUCUGGCGGUUCCCGGGCAAGACGCCGAUGGGCUGGAGCUCGACGCUGAGGGGCACGAUGGUGGUCAACGAGGAGCUCGAGCCGGGAGAGGACGGGACGGUGCAGCAGGAGUUUCCAAAGUACAUCAAGAUCUCGUAUGAUUGCAUGGGCAUGCUCGUCAGCGGGACCAAGGUCGAGAGCUUGCGGAUCACGAGCGGGCGGCAGGGGCUGAUGGAGAACGCGAAGCCGUAUAAGGGUGUAAAGUACAUGACGAAGGGAACUGAUAUUGUAAUUAGAGGUUGAUUGUGUAUAUAUUUGUAGAAUUUAUGAUUGCUAUAUUCUCUAUAUGUGUCUGCUGCCUUGUCUAAACCUUAUCUAAAGUCCCAUCUCAGCCGUGAUCCUCC